CACAAGUAUCCUAAGCAAUCGAUCGGCAUUUUACAUAUUAUAUUUGGACAAAAUGGCAGGGAAAACAGUACGACUUGAGCGCGAGAUACAGCGGUAUCUGAGAGGAAGUUGCGACUUGCCGUCUUUGCGGGGGAAGUUGAUCGCUGCGAAUCAUUCUUCAGGGGUCACUCCAGGGUCAGGUCCAGGUUCAGGGGCUGUUGCAGAUCUGGGGUCUCCAACAUUUCCAACCACUCCGGCAACAAUAUCACUUUUGACGGUUGUGACGUUGAAUUUUGUCGCUGUGCAGUGCCUCACGAGUUCGCGGCCGAUUGAAGUUUUAAGGAUUUUGCUUGGGGAUUUGGGAAUCAGUGCGAGGAAAGGGGAGAAUGAUGUUAGUCCGCUGGACUUGUUCUUGACCGCUGUGUUGAGGGAUAGACUCUAUAUCCCAUUGGUUGUGGAACUGAGAGAUUGUAAAUUUGUGGUUGAGAUUGUGGAGUUGUUGGUUCAGAGAGGUGCUGGUAGGGAGGAGAGGGAAAGAGAACAUGUGCUUAGGAAAGCGGUGGAAUUUGGCCAUGCACCAUUGGUGGCCUAUUUGAGAGAAGAGUUCUUAUGUCUGGACUUGAAUACGGCGGUGUUGAAGUCACCACCGAUGGGAAGUCCUUUGCAUGAUGCAGUAAGGGUGCUGAGCUACCACGCUGUUGAAAGUCUACUAGAUGACGGCGCAAAUAUCGAAGUCAGAGACCCGGCCGGGCUGACACCACUGCACGUCGCUGCGAAGUUCGGAUGUGGAAUGCUCAUUCGACUGUUGCUGGAGAAGGGAGCAGACCCGAACUCACUGACGAAAAAUGACACAAACAUCACGACUAGAGACGGAGCCAAUGCGUUGCAUUUGUAUCUGUGGCAGAAACACCAUGAUGUCGCCACGGUAGAUUUCAUGUUGAAAAGGGGCGUGAGCCUGAGUGCUGUGUGCGAGGGAAAUACUCCACUCGACUGCUUCGCCGAUACGAGGAAGGCCCAAAAGUUCGAAUCUGCAACCAUGGAGGCUGAUUAUGUGAAUGCGGAUGUCCUGAGAUGUCUUUUAGAUGCUGGAGCGAAAGGGCUCUGUCACAAGGCAUGGCCACAGAUUUUCCAGGCCUCACCACCUCCGUCAAAGAAGCCCAUCGCAUCUGUAUCCGGUCUGACUACCCGAGAUGUGGUGGAGUGGGAAGUGGCUGCUGAUCGGGAGACAAGGAGACAGUAUCUGAGGGAGCUGAGAAAGAAGGAUGAAACCAUGUGGGAAGAAGCCAUGAUGCGUGAGAUGCAGCGAGAGAUCGCGAAAGAGAAACGGCACAGGAAGAUCUUACGGGAUAUCUUGGGCACCAACCUGGGUGGACGACAUAUCAUCUACGUCAAGUGUAGUCGUGCUUUCUAUCCCUUCACAUAUGGAAUGCUGUUGGAAGGGACGAGGAUCAUGUUCCCGCAUGAGAACAAGAAGAAGAGUAUCAGGCAAGAGAAUAAUACUUGGGUCAUGCAUAAUGGGAAUCGAUACAUUAAAGACGAUCAGAAGGAUCCGGGAUUCAUGAAGUAUGUUGAAUAUGCGAAGUUCUGAGCUGCAUGGCACUUGAGGGGUCGGAAGAGUAAGGAGGGGG